AUGAAUUUGAGGUGCUCAAAAGAAAUUGACUGUGUUCUUUCUGUCUCUCUUUCUGUUUAGUUAUUAAGAAGAGCAGACAAGAUUGAUGAUGGGAAACUGUCUUUUGAUGAAUUCAAAGCUUACUUUGCUGAUGGAGUUCUGAGUGGAGAAGAACUGCAUGAACUUUUUCGCAGCAUUGAUCCACACAAUACUGAAAAUCUUGACACAGAAGAGCUCUGUGAUUAUUUUUCAAAGCAUUUAGGAGAAUAUGAAAACGUUCUCUCUGUCUUGGAAGACUUAAACAUAACCAUAAUGAAGGCAAUGGACAAAACAAAGAAAGACUAUCAGGAAGCUUCCAACUUGGAGCAGUUUGUGACUCGCUUUCUUUUGAGGGAGACACUGAACCAGCUGCAAUCCCUCCAGAGCUCCUUGGAGUGUGCCAUGGAAACCACAGAGGAGCAGACCCGGCAAGAGAGAAAAGAUCCAACAAAAGCAGAAGUUCUCUCAGUUCAGAGGCCAGGAAAAUGCUUAGCUCAAAGGCUUCAGAGGAACAACAGCCUGUCAUCAAAUAACCCUUAUUCUAGUACAGGUUGGAUUGAGGAAGACAGCCAAUGGGUGAUUCAGAUAAACAGACUCCAGAAGCUAAUUGAUAGACUGGAAAAGAAGGACCUAAAGCUUCAGCCGCUUGAAGAGGAAGUUUUGGAAGAAAAUGCAAAAUCUCAGCACAUAAUGAUCGUUCAGCAUCAAAUGUUGGUGAUAGAAGAAAAAGUGGAGGAAUUCCGUCUUGCUCUGAAGCAGUACGUGGAAUGUGCUUCUGCUCAAGGUGGCUGCUUGCAUGUUUCCAUACAGAAGCUUACAAGUAAUUUCCACUUCAUUGUUUAUGAGUUCUGGGAAAACAGCAAUGCCUGGAAUAGCAUCGUGGUGGGUCCCCAAUAACAACUAGAAGCCGUGGCUCCAAGUAACGUUAAUGUUGUAUUAUCUUUCAUUACACUAACAUUCAUAUUGCAG